AUGCGAACCCUUUGCAAAUGGGAGUUACAACAUGAUCAUUGCGUUUAUGAUUUGUGCUUUAAUCCCGAGGGAACGCAACUUAUUGCUGCCAUAGGACUUAAGGUAUAUGCUUACGAUGUUGUAGAAGGUGUAUUACUUCAAGCUUUGAGAGGACAUAAAGAUAACGUUUAUUGCGUUUGUUAUGCAAAAGAUGGGAAGAAAUUUGCUUCUGGUAGUGCAGAUAAAACAGUUAUUAUUUGGACUUCAAAACUUGAAGGCAUUUUAAAAUAUACUCAUAACGAUGCCAUUCAGUGUUUGGCAUACAAUCCAGUAACUUUAGUUUUAGCCAGUUGUGCCGUUUCUGAUUUUGGAUUUUGGGCAGGAGAUCAAAAAUCUGUUCAAAAACAUAAAUCUCAUGCUAGAAUAACUUCUUGUUCUUGGACAAAAGAUGGUCUUUAUUUGGCUUUGGGUUUGGCAAAUGGUAGUGUCUCCAUUCGAAAUAAGUCAGGAGAAGAAAAAGGAAGAAUUGACAGGCCUGGAGGUCUUCAAACGCCUAUUUGGUCUCUUUCGUGGAGUCCAGUAAGAGAAGAUGGACAUGAUGUUUUAUGUGUAGCAGAUUGGGGCCAAUAUUUGUCGUUUUAUACAUUAGGUGGCAAACUAAUAGAAAAAGAAUUCAUCCUUGGAUUUGAUCCUUUGAGAGUCAGUUAUUUAAACUCUGGAGACUAUGUAUUAGUGGCUGGAACGGGAAAAACAUGUAACCUUCACACCAAAGAAGGUGUUAAAUUAGGAACCAUAGGUCCAAUUCGAAAAUCAUGGAUAUGGUGUUGUGCAGCAAAUCCUGAUAAUGAUUUUGUGGCUCUUGGAACUCAAGAUGGUUCUCUUGCAUACUAUCAAUUAAGUUUCAAUGUCGUUCACGGGCUCUACAAAGAACGUUAUGCAUAUAGAGAAAGCAUGACGGACGUAAUAAUUCAACAUCUCAUAACAGAUCAAAAAGUUCGAAUUAAAUGUCGAGAUUUAAUUAAAAAAGUUGCCAUAUACAAAGAUCGAUUAGCCGUACAAUUACCUGAAAGGAUCGUUAUUUAUGAACUUGCUUCAACGGAUUCAACAGGAAUGCAUUAUAAAGUUCGAGAAAAAGUCAAUUUAAAACUUCAAUGUAAUCUUUUAGUUGUUUGUUCCGAGCACGUGAUAUUAUGUCAGGAUAAAAGAUUACAAUGUUUAACAUUAUCUGGUGAAAACGUACGAGAGUGGAUCAUGGAUUCGACAAUAAGGUACAUAAAAGUCGUAGGUGGCCCACCUGGAUCAGAAGGAAUGUUAUUAGGAUUAAAAAAUGGCGAAGUGAAAAAAAUCUUUGUCGACAAUGCAUUUCCGAUAGAUUUAAUUAAAGUUCCUCAUCCGAUAAAAUGUCUGGAUUUAAGCAAAUCGAGAAUGAAGUUGGCAGCCGUGGAAGAUACGAAUCAGGUUCACGUUUACGAUUUGGAAACGAAAGAAUUGAUUUAUCAAGAACCGAAUGCAACGAGUGCAGCUUGGAAUUCGUAUUUCGAAGACAUCCUUUGUUUUUCUUGCAAUGAUGUUUUAAGCAUAAAAGUCAGCAAUUUUCCAAUCAAUCAUCAAAAAUUAUCGGGUGUUGCAGUUGGAUUUUCCGGUUCUAAAUUGUUUUGUUUAAACGAUUCAACCAUGACGACAAUCGAAGUCCCUCUAUCUGCUCCUCUAUUUCAAUACAUGGAAAAAAAAAUGUUUAGUGAAGCUUAUCAAGUUGCGUGUUUAGGAGUACCCGAAGAAGAUUGGGAAAAUUUAGCUAACGCAGCUUUGGAUAAUUUCGAAUUCGAAAUAGCAAAACUUGCUUUUAUAAGAGUUAAAAAUUUAAAAUAUUUAAAUCUCAUACACGAUUUUCAGGAACGACAGAAAAAAUCUGAUAAAAACAAAGAAUUAUUUUUAGCGGAUAUUUGCGCUUUCCGUGGAAAAUAUAGAGAAGCUGCUAAAUUAUAUCAAAAAGCUGGUCACGAACAAAAAGCAUUAAAUAUGUUUACUGAUUUGAGAAUGUUUGAUGUUGCACAGGAAUAUUUGGGAUCCGGAGAUAACAUAAAUCGGAAAUCAUUGCUUAGAAAAAAAGCAGAAUGGGCGAAAAACAUAAACGAACCAAGAGCAGCGGCUGAAAUGUAUUUGUCUGCUGGUGACACAAUGAACGCCAUUGAAAUCAUUGCGGAAAACGGUUGGGUCGACACGUUAUUAGACGUCGGACGAAAACUCGACAAAGCGGAUAGAGAAGGAAUCGAACUCGUGGCACGUCACUUGCAACGAUUGGGAGCAUUGAAUUUUUCAACGGAAAUGUAUAGGAAAUUGGGAGAGGAAAAAAGUGUCGUGUUGCUUCACGUCGAAGCCAAAGAUUGGAAGGAAGCGUUUGCUCUAGCCGAACGUCAUCCCGAAUUCAAGGAUUUAGUGUACGCGCCCUACGCACGAUGGUUGGCCGAAAACGAUAGAUUUGUCGAAGCUCAAAAAGCUUUUCAUCAAGCUGGAAAAUUGGACGAAGCUUUCGACGUGUUGCAAAAAUUAACGGAUAAUGCUGUGAACGAAGGACGAUUUCAAGAUGCCGGGUAUUAUUAUUGGGUUCUGGCGCAACAAUAUUUGGAAUCGGCCAACGACAAAGAAGGAGAAGAUCGAGACAUUUUGAUUGAUAAUUAUUUCAAAAGCGAAAGAUUGGCUUCGAUAUAUUACACGUACGACAACAUUCAAAAAUAUAUUGAUGAACCUUUUACUCCGUACAUGCCGGAAGCACUUUUUAACAUAGCCAUGUAUUUAACGCACGAGAUAAAAGAAAAAAGGCCGCCGGGAGUUUCGCAAUUCGCCAUUUUGUAUGCUCUCUCGAAACAGGCUUGCAGUUUGGGAGCGUUCAAGUUAGCAAGACAAGUUUUGGACAAAAUUCAAACAUUAAAAGUUCCUCUGAGGUUUCAAGAAUACAUAGACGUGUCUACAAUUCUCGUAAGAGCGAAACCCUAUCACGACAACGACGAAAUGCUACCCAUGUGCUACAGAUGUUCUUCGUACAAUCCCCUUUCUUGCACGACGGGUUCAAAUUCUUGCACGAAUUGUCGUCAACCUUUCGUUUAUUCAUUUUUUUCUUUCGAAAUUCUUCCGCUCGUGGAAUUCGUUUUGGAAGAUGGGAUAACCGAUGAAGAAGCCGUGAAACUCAUCGAAACGCCUCCGUCUUACGGGAGCGAAAGUAAAGACAAUAAAGAAAACGGUUGGAUACAAACGGAAGGGGAAAGUUAUCAAAUGUUACACUUUGAAGAAAAUUCAUCGACGGUCGAUCCGUUCACGGCAAAACUCGUCAAUUUCGACAUAGAAAAAGAUGGUUUCACUCCGGUCACGGUCAAUCGGUCGACAUUGAAAUCUUUAGAUCCGAACGAAGUUUUGAUAAGUCAACGUCCGAAACCACUAAGGUAUCGAUACUACAGGAACAUAAUACCUGAUUUACCGAUCGUCAUUUGUCACUCGUGUCAUAAGGCUUUUCACAUGGACGACUACGAACUUCAAGUCUUACAAAAAGGUCACUGUCCAUUUUGCAGAACUCCAAGUUUGGAUUCUCCUAUGAAAGAUGUAAACGAAGAUGAAAUGAUAAGAACGUACUCGUUGUGA